AUGGGUGGAAUGGUGGAAGAAGGUCUUAAGUCAAGCAAAAUCAUGAGCUAUUCGGCCAUCAAAGCAACCACCCAAGCCAUCCAAAAUGCUACCGGAGGAGUGAUUGGGAAGAAAAAGAAAGAAGAAUGUGGCAACAGUGGAUUCAGGAUCGUGUCAUAUACCCAACCACAAUGGCAUUCCCCAGUCCCACAAAACACUUACCCAGCUCCACAAAAUGCUUACCCACCUCCCCGAGCCUACCGAAACCCUCCUGGUCCAAGUUUACGACCUAAUCCAACAUUAAAGAAUGAGAGGCAGCGGAAGAAAACUUUCACCCCGUUGGGGGAGUCUUACACUAGUUUGUUCCAUAGACUGAGGCAGUUGGAUAUGCUGAGGCCAAUUAAGUCAAAAUUGCCGAAUAUGCCUCCCAAGAAUCUUGAUUACUCUGUGAGCUGUGAAUAUUGUUCUGGAACUCCGGGGCAUGAUACGGAGAAGUCCUGGAACCUGAAAAAUGCCAUCCAGGAACUCAUUGACACGAACCGGAUUGAAAUCCAAACCCCGGAGGCACCCAACAUUAACCAGAAUCUGUUACCAGUUCAUGAGGGAAUGAACAUGAUCGAGAUAGCAUGCAAAGGUGGGGAGCCCAAGAAGCCAUCGCAAUCUGUUAUGAUGAUUCUAUCCAGCGAGGUCCAGCCGACCAAAGGGAAAAGUGUCGCAAAACCAAUGGUUGAAGGGGCGCUGAACAAGUUAAGCAUGAAAAAAGGUGAACCUUCGGUGGUAGUUGAGAAGAGAUCUACAAGUGAUACGAAGUCAAAAGUGAUUGUGCCAGGAUUGGCAAACAGGCCUAUCUUAAUUGUGAAGGAUGCCCGCACAGACCCUGUCAUCAUCAAGCCUGUAACCCAGUUGCCGAUAAUCAACACCAAGGUUUUCCCUUGGAGCUAUGAACGGGUAACGGAGACUUACACGGGGAAAGAAGUGAAAGAAGAAGUCAAUGAGGCCCAAGGGUUAACUCGUCAGGGGAGAUGCUUUGCCCCGGAAGAGUUGAGAAAAGCCAAGGCAGCCAAGGAUAAUUCAAUUCUAGUAAAGAAAGCAGUCACUGAGGAAGAAGCGGAGGAGUUUCUGAGGAAAAUGAAAGUACAAGAUUACUCCAUCGUGGAGCAAUUAAGAAAGACUCCCGCUCAGAUUUCAUUGCUGUCAUUAUUGAUUCAUUUAGAUGAGCAUCGUCGGGCCUUGAUGAAAAUCUUAAACGAAGCUCAUGUCCCUGAUAAAAUUUCAGUGAACCAUCUGGAGAAGAUCGCCAACAAAAUAUUUGAGGUGAAUAGGAUCACCUUUUCUGAUGAUGAGUUUCCCAUGGAAGGAACCGAACACAACAAGGCCCUCUAUCUUACGGUAAAAUGUGAAGAGUCUGUGGUCACCAAGGUGUUAGUUGACAAUGGUUCAAGUGCAAACAUCUGUCCCCUCUCUACUCUGAACAAGCUGAAAGUUGAUGAUGAGAGGAUUCACAAGAAUAGCAUAUGCGUUCGGGGAUUUGACGGUGGUGGGAAAGAUUCAGUUGGUGAUAUAAUGGUCAAGUUUGAAUGGGACAGACAAGAAAUUGUCGUACCUGGUGAAGAUAAUUUAUGUGCUCACAGUGAUGCCUCUGUUCCAUUUAUUGAGGCCAAAGACGAUGAAGGGCCGUGGGUAUAA